UUGGGGUUGGAAAGCUACUGUGGUGAACUCUGCAGGACAGUAGCUUUACAGGAGCAGGGGUGUUGCAUUUGUUACACUGCUUCUUUUAAAGACCUGGCACUGCAGUUAAUUCCUCAGCUGUUCGCCCACUGCCUUCCACAGAAGUGCAACUACUUUAUUCUAGUGGCCACAUCUGGAGAUACAGGAAGUAUUGUGCUGAAUGGCUUCCAGAACAGUGACCGUGAGAGAACUGGUGUGGUUGUGUUCCUUCCUGAGAAAGGAGUGAGUGAUAUUCAGAAUCUACAGAUGACAGGAUUUCAAGAGGGCAAAGCCAAGUCCAUCAGCGUCCUGUCCGACUUUGACUUCUGCCAGAGGACCAUUAAACGAAUCUUGAUGGGACAUCUAACUGUGGAAUAUGCCACAGUUCUAAGCACAGCAAACUCGAUAAAUUCGGCUCCACUGAUUACUGAGGUGGUCUAUCACUGCUCGGCAUAUAUGGACCUGCUAAGAAAUCACACAUCGACGUUUGGAGACCCCACUGACGUGUGCAUCCCUACUGGAAACUUUGGUAAUGCCAUGUCAGCCCUGUUUGCCAAACAAAUGGGAAUCCCCAUACCGAAGGUGAUCUGUGCAUCCAAUCUUAACUGCAUCAUAUCCGACUUCAUUGCUAGUGGAGAGUAUGAUCUCAGCAUCAGGAAGCUGCUGGAUUCCAACUCUCCUGACCUUGAUAUCCUAAAUUCAUCCAACCUUGACAAGUUCAUCUAUCAUGCAUCCGGUGGGGAUGGGAGUCUGGUCAGAGAUCUGUUUUUGAAUCUAGAAAGAGAUCUUUUUUUUCUUUAAGUAUCAGAGACUUUACAGCAGAAGAUAAAUCUCGAAGAUCAAGCUGUGUGCUCAGAAGAUGACUGUUUGAGGGCCAUAAGGGAGGUGCAUGCAACAACAGGCUACAUAAUAGAUACUCACACAGCGGUUGGUAAAGUAGUCGGCAAUCGUAUACAUGACAAAAACUGCCCGCUAGUGAUAUGCUCCACUGCACACCAUGGGAAGUUUGCGCCAGCUGUCUUAAAAGCCCUUCAGUGUCAAAAUAUCCCACAAGACCCUGUUAAACAACUGGAUAAACUCUGCACCAUCGGAUGUCUAGAACAGUUGCAUGAAGCUCUGCUGAAGUGCAUGAGAGACAGCGGAGAUCAUCCACAUAAGAUAUUCCAGGCUGACUAUAACAAGCUUGCAGAUAAAGUAGAAGCUGUGAUACAAGACUCAUUUCUGAGAGUCCAGUGACCUAUAAUAACUGCAGAUGUCCACUAGAUGGUGAUGUCUGUCAAGAAACCCCAAACAUUAUGGUCACACUUCGUCAAUUUGAACACAAGGUGGCAGUAAUGUAAUGGGAUAUAGUUUCAUUCCAUUUCAUGUUACCCAAGUCCAUAAAUUAGCCUUACUUUUGACUUUUUCCCAGUCUCGCAAAGGUUUUAUUACAAAAUGUUUUUAUUUUAUGCUGAUAGUUGCUAAAUUACUGUGACAUC